AUGGCGCAAACACGCCCUCCCCACCCACAGGGACAGCAACAACAACAGCAGCAACCCCCACCGCAAUUCGCUACACACCCCUUCUCUCCUCCAGUCUCUUCGCCUUCACCUCACUCUGGACAAUCUCCAGUCAACGGAUCGAUCGCGCCGCCACCUCAAAAGAAGCCUCGCUUAUCUCCUCUUCCUCCAUCUCAAACGCAAUCACCGUAUGCCUCGCCAAGCUUCGGCGCAAUGCAACUUCCUCCGGCACAGCCUCAGGUGAACGGCAUGGCCACCAAUCUCACCCCGUCAACUCCCACUGGGGCUGCGCCUGCUCCAGGGACCAUGGGACCUCCAUCACGCCCUGUUGAUAAGACAACUGAUGCAGCUGAGCUCACAGACGUAUUGGCCUCCUCGGGAAUUGACGUUCGAGAAGAAGAGGCUUUCCUCACGCGCAGUUUCUCUGGGCCGAAUGCGCAGGCGCAGGCGGCCAAUAGACCCCCACUGCCACAGCAACCAUCCCAAACAAAUGCGUCCUUUGCAUCGCAAACGUCCACGACUGGGACAAUCUCUGCGACGAGCAGUUUUGGUGACCCACCCAACAACAAGCCAGCGGCUGCGACGAGUUCGUUCUCUUCCGAUCCGACAUCUCAAAGCUCCACCAUUAGCAACCAGCCCACACGUGCAAACACAGAGGCGGCACGAAGGGCACAAUACCAUCUUCAGGAACCGUUCCUGUUCGCGAAGCUUGUGGAGCAGAAGAUUCAGAAGCGUGGUUUUGAGCUUGGGGUUCGGAUCCCCUCGGAAGGUCUUUUUCAUCCAGUACCCGGCCGCCAGGCUCCGAUUGAAGUCACUGGUCCCGAUGGCUCUUCUAUCGUGCGAACUGGUCAAACUAUCCUCAAUCAGGAGGGAGCGCCGCUUGUCGACAUCUUGAAUCUCGUUUCUCUCUCAUGCGAAGAGCGCCUCCGAGGGGUCAUAGACUAUGCAUCUACGCUGGCGCGCAGUCGCAGAGCCCAUUCGCACGGGGUAGUACCAGAUGCGUGGGUUGACAUUGCAAAACCUCUCGGUCCCACUGCGGGGAAUACUGUUACUCCGUCUAAACGACCCCAUUUGGACGGCGAUGCUGCAGCUCGCAAACCACCAGCGGAGAGAUACAAGGGCUUUGUUACGAGAGAAGGUAGUCGGGAAAACAAACGGGCUGCCAAGCGCGCAAAACGUGGAACCAGUGCGACAGCUGUUGAUGAACCGAGCGCACGAUAUGACCCAGUGGCAAUUAUGGGUUCAGCCCCGUCCACACCGGUGGGGGAAAGAGCUCCUAGCUUUGACAGCAAGAAGUCCAUGACGAAGAAAGAGCAAAAGAAAAUGAUGGAUAACAAAGCCAACGAGGCACAGCAACAUCAGCAGUCGGUGGAGACAGCACGACUUGCCACAAAUUCCAUGCUUUCUGGGCGCAUGUUCGGCGCCAAAAAGUCAUAUUCGUGGCUGAAGCCUGGAGGCUCGUCGAGUGGCUUUUCGACGCCCACCCGACCUGCACCCUCUACCCCUACAACAACAGCAGCAACAACAGGGCCAGAGAAGCACACUCAGUCCGGUGAGACACCAGCCGGGCCACCGAAGCGACGCCUCGGCACGUGGCGAGAAGACCAGGAGAAAGGACGAGGCAUUCAGGUUCGGGACAUCUUGUUUGCUGUCGAGGCUGAUGGGCGAGCGAGUAAACAUGUCCAAAAGGGUUAUUCGAGGGAUCCAAAGGAGGACCGAGGGUCAUGA